AGCCUGUUGAAGCUUCUGAAAGGGAACCUUUAAAAGAACCGAAUUUUUAGGUGCUUGGCUGCUCAAAUUUCCAUUGGUACAAUGAGCUUUCGGGUAAAAGUUUUUAAAAAGGAUCCUGGUGACUUGUGGAAAAAGAGAAGAACCAUGAGGAGAAUAAAUCAAGGGGAAAUUCAAAGAUAUAGUUCUCAAGAGAGACCCAGACUUCUGGAGCCCUUGGAUUAUGAAACAGUCAUUGAAGAGCUUGAGAAAACUUAUUGGAAUGAUCCUCUUAGAGAUCUCAUUUUCUUCCCCAAUGAUGAUUUCUCAACAGCCACAAUUUCUUGGGAUAUCCAAACACUGUAUUCGACUGUGCCAGAAGAUGCCGAACACAAAGCAGAAAAUUUAUUUGUGAAAGAGGCUUGCCAAUUUUACAAUUCCCAGUGGUAUGUAGUGAACUACAAAUAUGAAAAAUAUUCUGGAGACAUUCGACAUUUGCCACAAACAGAAUUCAGACCAGAGAAACUACCUUCCCAUUCUUUUGAAGUUGACCAUGAAGAUGCUGAUAAGGAUGAAGACACCACAUCCCACUCAUCUUCCAAAGGAGGUGGAGGACCAGGAGGGCCAGGAGUCUUCAAGUCUGGCUGGCUUUACAAGGGGAAUUUUAACAGCACAGUCAACAACAGCAUCACUGUCCGGUCAUUCAAAAAGCGUUACUUUCAGCUGACUCAGUUGCCAGAUAACUCCUACAUUAUGAACUUCUACAGAGAUGAGAAGAUAUCCAAAGAACCUAAAGGCUGUAUCUUUUUGGAUUCCUGUACAGGUGUUGUGCAGAAUAACAGACUAAGAAAAUACGCCUUUGAAUUGAAAAUGAAUGACCUGACAUAUUUUGUGCUGGCGGCUGAAACAGAGCUGGAUAUGGAUGAAUGGAUUCACACUCUCAACAAAAUCCUCCAGAUAAAUCCUGAGGGGCCCCUUCAGGAAAGAAAGAGUGCAGACCUCACAGAUCUCAGGCUGGAUUCUCUGGAAAAUCCUAUGACUUGUGAAUGCACAUCAGAGGAAACAGAUUCUUCAGAGAACAACUUGCAUCCAGAAUUUGCAAAAUACCUCACAGAAACAGAAGAAACUGUUAAAAUGUCUCGAAACAUGGAGAGGCUAAAUCUAUUCUCUCUGGAUCCAGACAUAGAUGCCUUAAAACUUCAGAGAAAGGAUCUUUUGGAAACAGAAUCCAUGAUCAGGCCAUUCGAAGAAAAGGCAGCCAAGAGAUUUAUGAUUGUUUGUAAAUCUCUCAACUUAAAUCUUCAGGGAUGCGUCACUGAGAAUGAAAAUGAUCCAUUGACUAAUAUUGAACCUUUCUUUGUGAGCUUGGCCCUUUAUGAUACCAGAGACUACAGAAAGAUUUCUGCAGAUUUUAAUGUGGAUCUGAACCAUACGCUUGUUCGACAGAUGGUUUCAGGUGCUUCAGUGGCCUUGGAAAAUGGCAACAUUGACACAGUUAGCCCCAGACAGUCAGAAGAACCACACGUCAAGGGAUUUCCUGAAGAAUGGCUGAAGUAUCCAAAGCAGGCUAUAUUUUCUGUAAGUAACCCACACUCUGACAUUGUUUUGGUGGCCAAGAUUGAGAAAGUGCUUAUGGGAAAUAUCGCCAGUGGUGCUGAACCUUAUAUUAAAAAUCCAGACUCCAACAAGUAUGUGCAGAAGAUAUUAAAGUCAAAUAGGCAGUUCUGCAGCAAGUUGGGGAAAUACCACAUGCCAUUUGCUUGGGCAGUGAGAUCAGUAUUUAAGGAUAACCAGGGGAAUGUGGACAGAGACUCAAGAUUUUCUCCACUGUACAAGCAAGAAAGUAGCAAGAUUUCCACUGAAGACCUGAUUAAACUGGUAUCAGAUUAUAGGAGGGCAGACAAGAUAAGCAAAACACAGAUCAUCCCUGGAAGCCUGGAUAUUAUAGUUGAAAAUGUACCUCUGGAGCAUCCAAACUGUGUGACCUCAUCCUUUACCCCCAUCAAGCCUUUUGAUGUGAUGGUUCAACAGGAGCCCACGGUAGAAGUGGAAGAAUUUGUUUAUGAUUCAACCAAGUAUUCCCGGCCUUAUCGGGUAUAUAAAAACCAAAUUUAUGUCUACCCAAAGCACCUCAAGUAUGAUGGGCAGAAAUGUUUCAACAAGGCACGAAAUAUAACUGUGUGCAUUGAAUUCAGAAACUCAGAUGAAGAAGGUGCCAAGCCAGUGAAGUGUAUUUACGGGAAACCUGGAGGGCCACUGUUCACUACCGCAGCAUACACAACAGUACUCCAUCAUUCCCAGAAUCCUGACUUCUCUGAUGAGGUGAAAAUUGAGCUGCCCACACAACUCCAUGAGAAACAUCACAUUUUGUUUUCAUUUUAUCACAUCACAUGCGACAUCAAUGCAAAGUCUAAUGCCAAAAAGAAGGAGGCUCUGGAGACAUCAGUUGGCUACGCUUGGCUUCCUUUGAUGAAAGGUGAUCAGCUAGCAUCUAAAGAAUAUAAUAUACCGGUAGCAACCAUUCUGCCUCCUAAUUACUUAAGCCUUCAAGAUUCUGCAACUGGAAAGCACAGUGGGAGUGACUUUAAAUGGGUGGAUGGUGGGAAACCACUUUUCAAAGUAACAACAUUUGUUGUAUCAACAGUGAAUACUCAGGAUCCAUAUGUGAAUACAUUUUUUCAGCAGUGCCAAAAAAGAGAAAAAGAUAUGUCUCAGCCUCCUACCUCAAGUUUUGUGCUCUCUUGUAAGAACUUGCUGAAUGUAGAGAAGAUUCAUGCAAUCAUGAGUUUUCUUCCCAUCAUCUUGAAUCAACUCUUCAAAGUUCUGGUUCAGAAUGAAGAUGAUGACGUUACCACCACUGUUACCAGGGUUCUAACUGAUAUCGUGAGUAAAUGCCAUGAGGAGCAGCUAGACCACUCCGUCAAAUCUUAUAUAAAGUAUGUAUUCAAGACUACAACAUACAAAGAGAGGACAGUCCAUGAGGAACUGACAAAGAACAUGGCUGGUCUUCUGAAAUCAAAUGAGUUAGCAACAGUCAAACACGUCUUGAAGCAUUCCUGGUUCUUCUUUGACAUUAUCUUGAAGUCAAUGGCACAGCACUUGGUUGACACAAAGAAAAUUGAGCUUCAACGGGCUCAGAGGUUUCCUUACUCUUACCAAAGUGAAUUGGACGCACUAGUAAUGGUCAUCUCAGACCAUGUGAGUUGGAAGUAUAAAGACGCUGUUGAAGAAACAAGAAGAGCAAACCAGAGUGUCGCCAGAUUUCUUAAGCGCUGCUUUACAUUUUUGGACCGUGGAUUUGUAUUUAAAAUGGUCAAUAACUACAUAAGCAGCAUAUUCUUCCCAGAUGAUCUCAAGACGCUAAGCCAGUACAAAUUUGAUUUUCUUCAAGAAGUAUGCUAUCAUGAACAUUUUAUUCCUUUGUGUCUCCCCAUACGUUCAGCCAACAUUCCAGACCCUUUGACACCUUCAGAAUCAACUCAGGAGCUACAUGCAUCAGAUAUGCCUGAAUAUACUGUCACCAAUGAAUUUUGCCGCAAACACUUCUUAAUUGGAAUUUUGCUCCGAGAGGUCGGCUUUGCACUGCAGGAAGACCAAGAUAUCAGACACUUAGCAUUAGCCGUUCUUAAAAAUAUAAUGGCUAAACAUUCAUUUGAUGAUCGAUACAGGGAACCAGAUAAGCAGGCCCAAAUAGCCACUUUAUAUAUGCCUCUCUAUGGAAUGCUGCUUGACAAUAUGCCAAGGAUUUACCUGAAGGAUCUGUUUCCUUUUACAGUCAAUACAUCUAAUCAGGGAUCCAGGGAUGACUUGAGCACCAAUGGAGGAUUUCAGAGCCAGUCAGCUAUGAAGCACGCUAAUUCUGUGGAUACGUCAUUUUCUAAAGAUGUUCUUAACUCCAUAGCAGCUUUUUCAUCAAUAGCUAUUUCUACAGUAAACCAUGGUGACUCCAGAGCUUCACUUGCCAGUCUUGACUCCAAUCCGAGUACCAACGAGAAAAGCAGUGAGAAAACUGACAACUGUGAAAAGAUUGUAAGGCCGCUGUCUCUGAUAGGACUGACGCUGAGAUAUGACAAGCUUGAUCAAGCAGAAACUAGGAGUCUCCUUAUGUGUUUUCUUCACAUAAUGAAGACCAUUUCAGAAGAGACUUUGAUUUCCUACUGGCAAAGGGCACCCAUUUCAGAAAUAUCUGAUUUUUUCAGCAUAUUGGAUGUUUGUCUUCAAAAUUUCAGAUACCUGGGCAAACGUAAUAUAAUAAGGAAAAUUGCUGCUGCAUUUAAGUUUGUCCAGGCAACCCAGAAUAAUGGAACUCUCAAAGGUUCUAACUCCUCCUGUCAGACCACAGGUCUCCUCUCACAAUGGAUGCAUACCACUUCCAGUCAUGAAGGGCAUAAGCAUCACAGAUCUCAAACCUUACCUAUAAUCCGUGGCAAAAAUGCACUUUCUAACCCCAAACUGUUACAAAUGUUGGAUAACACCAUCACCAGUAAUUCCAAUGAAAUAGACAUUGUGCACCAUGUAGACACAGAGGCCAAUACCGCCACUGAGGUUUGCCUCACCAUUCUGGAUCUGCUGAGCCUCUUCACUCGUGUCCACCAGAGACAACUCCAGCAAUCUGAAUGCCAGAAUUCAAUGAUGAAAAGAAUUUUUGAUACCUACCUUCUCUUUUUACAAGUGAAUCAGUCGGCAACUGCUCUGAAACAUGUUUUUGCUGCAUUAAGGUUGUUUGUAUCAAAGUUCCCUUCAGCAUUCUUCCAAGGGCAGGCCGACCUCUGUGGAUCAUUCUGCUAUGAAGUCUUAAAAUGCUGUAACCACAGGUCACGGUCAACUCAGACAGAGGCCUCCGCACUCCUUUAUUUCUUCAUGAGGAAGAAUUUUGAAUUUAACAAGCAGAAGUCAAUAGUCAGGUCCCACUUACAACUCAUUAAGGCUGUAAGCCAGUUAAUAGCCGAUGCAGGAAUUGGAGGAUCCCGGUUUCAACAUUCCCUUGCAAUUACAAAUAAUUUUGCCAAUGGAGACAAACAAAUGAAAAACAGUCAUUUCCCAGCAGAGGUGAAAGACCUAACGAAACGGAUUCGGACGGUCCUCAUGGCCACAGCUCAGAUGAAGGAGCAUGAGAAAGACCCUGAGAUGCUAGUGGAUCUCCAGUACAGCCUGGCAAAUUCCUACGCAAGCACCCCGGAGUUACGAAGGACGUGGCUAGAAAGCAUGGCCAAGAUUCAUGCAAAAAAUGGAGAUUUGUCAGAGGCUGCUAUGUGUUAUAUCCACAUAGCUGCCCUCAUCGCAGAGUACCUGAAAAGAAAGGGUUACUGGAAAAUGGAAAAGAUUUGCACAUCAGCUAUGCUCCCGGAGGAUGUUCACAUCUGUGAUAGCAAUCAGUUACUAACAACUCACAAUGGAGGAAGCAUGUUUUCUAUGGGUUGGCCUGCUUUCUUGAGCAUCACACCAAAUAUCAAAGAAGAAGGAGCUAUGAAAGAAGAUUCAGGGAUGCAGGAUACACCCUAUAAUGAGAAUAUCCUGGUGGAGCAACUCUACAUGUGUGUUGAGUUUCUGUGGAAGUCUGAGAGAUACGAGCUUAUCGCUGAUGUCAACAAGCCCAUCAUUGCAGUCUUUGAGAAGCAGAGAGACUUCAAAAAAUUAUCAGAUCUCUACUAUGACAUCCAUCGGUCAUAUCUGAAAGUUGCAGAAGUGGUGAAUUCCGAAAAACGACUCUUUGGUCGCUAUUAUCGUGUGGCAUUUUAUGGACAG